GCCUCGAUUUUCAGUGUACUGGAACCAUUAUCAACUCGAGGUACAUUUUGACGGCAGCAAACUGUAUUCGAAACAGAAACAUCGCUGGCGUGAGAGUCGGAGAGUACAACAAGUGUAUGAGCAUUGACUGCCAGCUAGACCAGUGCGAAUCUCAUAUUCAGGAUAUUCGUGUAGAAGAGGCUAUAGUCCAUGAAGAUUUCACUUCAGAACCAAAUGUGGACAACAACAUAGCUCUUCUGCGCCUUCACGAUCCGAUCGACUUUACUUUUAAAAACGUGGCUCCAAUAUGCCUCCCGGUGUCGAACACACUGAGGAGCGUGUCCAUCGACGGCAAAACAGCGACUCUCGCAAGCUGGAAGUUCAGGAGCGCAAACUCUUGCGAACUAAACAGAAUCAGCCUUCCAUUAGUUACCAGAGAUGAGUGCGUCAAGAAAUAUGAAAAGAGUUCAAAAAUCCCUAAAAUAAGCGUCAACCACAUUUGCGCUGAUGAGAAAGCGGAAGAUGCCUGCGGCAUCGUCUCCGGGGAUCCUCUGAUGCUGGAGACUGGUGACAAGGGGGGACGUAGGGUGGUGCAGUACGGGAUAUCCUCCCACGGACCAAUGCGCUGCGGGACCGACUACCUUGGGAUUUACACCGACGUCUCCAAAUACAUGGACUGGAUACUAUCCAACAUGAAAAAGUAAAUGUAGCUGCACUGCGCACAUAAAAUGAAAGCAUGACGUGAAUUUUGUGAUUUCCUAAUAAACUGUUUAAAAGCU